CUCCCUCCAGACUAUGGGAUCUGUUUAUUAAACCCUGAAAUUGCCAGUCAGUUCUCAGAAGGUUCUAGUCUAGUAGAUUCCAAGAUUCAUGCUUCUCCUCAGAAGAUGCAAGGCUAGGCCAAAAGUAAAGUUAAAAAUUAAACAUUAUCUUUGGUAUGAUGAGGUCAAAGGAUUUGGUAUAGGAUUUACCAGCAAGUAGAAAAAUUCAGCAUAAAGUUGAGUGAAAAGUCUUCCUGGGAGGAGGAAGGGCUACUCCGUCUUAAUCAGUGGAUGGAGACCAAACCCACCAACCAGAAGAUAAGUAUCAAAUGGAGAACCAGUGCCUUCCCAAGAAAGUUCCAGGUUUCUGUUCCUUUCGCUAUGGACUGGCUCUCCUUCUGCACUUCUGUAACAGUGCCAUCAUGGCCCAGCGGGUAUGCCUAAACCUCACAAUGGUAGCCAUGGUGAACAGCACAAAGCCACACAGUUUACUCAAUGAAUCCGCAGUGGAGAUGCUGGAUGAUGUAAAGAACCCUGUGUAUUCCUGGAGUCUUGAUGUCCAAGGGUUUAUUCUCAGUUCUGUCUUCUGUGGUAUGGUUGCGGUUCAGCUUCCUGUUGGGUACCUCACUGGAAUAUACCCAAUGAAGAGAAUAAUUGGUUCGUCGUUGCUCUUCAGCUCUGUGUUGUCCCUGCUCAUCCCACCAGCUGCACAAGUUGGAGCAGCUUUACUCAUUGUGUGUCGAAUUAUUCAGGGACUAGCCCAGGGAACAGUGUCAACAGGCCAACAUGAAAUAUGGGUAAAGUGGGCACCUCCCUUGGAACGAGGCAGGCUUACCUCCAUGACUCUAUCGGGGUUUGUAAUGGGACCAUUUAUUGUCCUGCUUGUGAGUGGGUUCAUCUGUGAUCUUCUGGGCUGGCCCAUGGUUUUCUACAUUUUUGGUAUUGUUGGCUGUGUUCUGAGUCUCUCCUGGUUUAUUCUGUUCUAUGAUGACCCCAAGGACCACCCAUACAUGAGUAGCAGUGAGAAGGACUACAUCAUAUCCUCUCUCACCCAGCAGGUCAGCUCAGGCAGACAAUCUCUGCCAAUCAAGGCUAUGCUGAUGUCUCUUCCACUCUGGGCCAUUAUCCUCAAUAGCUUUGCUUUCAUAUGGUCGAACAGCCUCCUGGUUACGUAUACCCCGACGUUUAUCAGUACUGUGCUCCAUGUUAAUGUUAGGGAGAAUGGGCUGCUGUCCAGCCUCCCUUAUCUGCUUGCCUACAUCUGUGGUAUCGUAGCAGGUCAGAUGUCAGACUUCUUCCUGUGCAGGAAGAUUUUCAGCGUAGUUACCGUCCGGAAACUCUUCACCACAUUAGGGACCCUCUGUCCUGUGAUCUUCACUAUGUGCCUGCUCUACCUGAGCUUCAACUUCUACAGCACCGUCAUUUUCCUGACACUUGCCAACUCGACACUCAGCUUUUCCUACUGUGGACAACUUAUCAACGCCUUGGAUAUUGCUCCCAGAUAUUACGGAUUUAUUAAAGCAGUUACAGCUUUACUUGGAAUGUUUGGAGGCCUAAUUUCUUCAACUGUAGCUGGGUUGAUCCUUAAUCAGAAGAAUUGAUUCCAUGGAGGUGACCAUAGCGCCACUGGCUGCCGUGGCUCAAUGGACAAACAUUUAUCCAAAAAAUGGCAGAGCCAAGAUGGUCCAUCCUGCCGGCCUAAGCAUGUCCUGAGAAAGGACUGCACCUCAUUCUGCGUUCAGAACCCUGGAGGUAAUGCUCCCUUACCACGACACCUUUAAGCGGCACUUUAUUCAGAGUGUGGGAUUUGGUGAUCCGAGAAGACAGCAGGUCAAUACCCUCGGAGAACCUGCAGCCAGCCAGUUUUACAUGGAGGGGGUCAAUUGUUCUCAAGGCCUGGCUUGCCUUGUUGGUCAGGUGAUCAGCGGCAUUUCUGAUCCUUUCGGUGUCUUGUGCAUCUCUGGGCACUGUGCCUUGCACUUUCCCCUCCUUUUCUGGGAGCCUGAGACCAGCCCCUUCCUGAAAUGCUGAGUCUAAUUAGCAGCGGCGCCUGUAUCAGCAGAGGGCCCCUCCUCCACCAGGGCUGGAGCGCUAACUCAGAAGAACCAGCUGCUCCAACUUCAAACAUUCUAAGUUAUCAGAAACAUUCGCAUGCAGAUUCCUUUCUACAACACGGAGGACAGAACCCCUUUACCGUAUAUCAUACAAAAGGAGACCCCCAACCCCUGUCAAUUCCACUAGCUCAUCCACUGGUUUGUUUGAAGGAAAGCUCCCACGUGGAGAAGUCCUGUUAGGGAGUCCUUCGAUCACCACACAGCACGGAGCAGGGUGAGGUCGUAAAGACACGUUGGGUCCACGUUUCCCACAGAGGAGCCUCCCAAAAUGUGGCUUCACAUACUUAUGAUGUCAUAAAGGCAGAGGACCCGGUCAGAACCGUGGAAAGUCCUUGGUCGGAGCGCUGGCCUCACUAGAGAAGUGGAAUGUUGAAGGCAACCCUGGUUGGUUCUCUUUCUGAGCAUGGAGGUAGCCACAUCUUGUUUUUCCAUUGAAUCUCUUGAAUUCCCAGUUUGUCAGCCAAGCAAAUUUCUUUGCUAACUUCCAAAAGGUGUGAGGAAAUGUAAUUUCAGAACUUUUCAAAGUUAUCCCCACCCAGGGAAGGAAUCCUGCCUUUGCUCGGUGUCAGAGAAGAGAAACAGAAUAUAAUGUCCACUGAGAAUGUGUAAUAGUAUACCAAUAAGAGUUUGAGGUCCAUAUUCAAAUCUCUUUCUCUCCCAAAAUCUUGUCUUAGCUGUCUCUGUCCUAUGUGUAUUGGUGGUUUUCCUGCAUAUGCGCCUGUGUACCUCAUGUGUGCCUGGUGCUCACAGAGGCUGGAAGAAAACAGCAUAUCCUCUGUAACAGGAGUUACAGUCCAUUAGGAGACACCAUGUGGGUGCUACAAGUAGGGAGCCCCAAUCUUCUGGAAAAGCAGCUAGUGCUCAUAACCUCUAAGCCCUCAUCACAGCCCCAUCGAACCCUGUUUCUUCUAAAUGUCACAUGCCACGAAAUGUUUUUCAGCACCUUAGCUGCCUAAUUGGAGCAAAUUGAGUUUCUCUAGAGAAACCUCCUGAAUUCAUGCUCCAUAGGAGUUCAGUACAUAUGGCUCAAAAUUGAAAAGAAAAUCACAAAACAGUUGAAAGAAACAAACAAAUAAACACAACUAGAGCCUCAAAGAUACUGGAAAUGACACACACGAGUAACGAAGUAAAAGAGACUAAAGAUGUAAGAAACAUGACAUGUGACAAAGAAUCUUAUUUACCUCUUGUCAACAACAAUAUAAAAAUUAAAAAUAGGAACAUCAGACUUAAUGUAAACAAAAGGAACCUAUAAAGACUAUGCUUCCAUCAGUGGGAGAGAGGGUGGUUUGGGUCGAUUUUCUUAAUGCAAACCGUUGUCACGGCUGGAAAGUAGAGUCUUCUACGAAACUUUGGCACGCUGAAGAUGCAGAGGCAGUAACAGGCAGUGUCUGCAAGAAGCAGCAGCUCAGGACUGGUGCCAAAAUGCUGCUUUUUUGAUUAUACUGGGAAAAGGACUUCCUGAUUUGGGGAGCACUCUUCAGAGUCUGUGAGCGGUGGUGACCCCAACAAACAAGACAUUUCAGCUUGAGAAUUCCCAAGGGCUGCAUCUGAGGAAAAGGGUGACCAAAAAACUAGCUAAUCCUUGCAAUCUGCCUUGGGUCAUUUGGAUGGGGGAAAAAAAAAGUUGGAGUGUUUCAGGAGUACGGAGACCUCCUCAUGAACCUCAAAUCAUAUCUAGGUGGAGGUGAUGUCACUCAUGAAACCGUCCCCAGAAAUCUCCUGUAAUUUGUAAAUACAGUUUGAGAAUUUAUAAAACUUGGCCAUGUUAUGCACCUGUUAACAUAAAGUACAACAAUUAUAAGAAGACAAAGUCACACACGGUGAAUCCCUUCAACACAAAAGCCAAACAGCAGUGGCUGUAAAAAUACUUUUGAGAGCUUAUCUGGAGGCUCCGGCAAGGCAGCAUGGCUACGCAUACACCCUUGAACAGAGUCAGGUCCUCCUCUGCUAUUUAGGGAAAGUCAUCCUCUUGACCAAGCAUGCAGCUCCCAGAGAGAGGUCCAUGGUGCCAUGAGGGAUGAAGGGGACACCCACCCAGCCAGCCAGGCCAGCUAAAUCAACCCUGGUGAUCAACAGAUAACAGAUAUCACAGCCCACUCCCCCUCACAUCCACAUGCUUGAAAAUUUAAAAAUCUACCGCACUGGUAAGCCCCACCAUUUAACUCCAUUCUCCUAUGGAGAAGAGAUGGAUUUUUUACUUGUACACUGGGAUUUUUUUCCUAUUUAUAUGUGAAGGUAGGGAAGUGUAAACACUGUAGUAAGAAUGUACCUGAAAAGUGAUGGCUCAGUAGACAAUGGUGCUUGCGAACAAGACCGAUGACCCGAGUUUGAUCUUCAGAGUCUAAUUUGGUGGGUGGAGAGAACCAGAUCCCUGAGAGCCAUCUUCUGACCCGCAUCCACACAGCCCCCCCCCCCACACACACUCAUGGAUUCACACGUACAGUGCAAAAGAAAAUGUUCUUAAGAGACAUUAGCCUGGUGUGUUAGCCACAUUUUCACUAAUAAAUACCGCUUCCUAGGAUAAAGUGACAGCUCAUAGAUAAAGAGGUUGAAUCUAGCUUUUCAUAGCAGAGAGAGGAGCAUGGUCCUAAGAACAGCAGUUUCGGUUCUAGGUUAGAAUAAGAUGGGCCCACGUCUAAGAAGUGAGGGAAACUAAAACUGUUCAUUCAAAGAUCAGCAGAAGACUCUGCUGCCAAAAUAGGAUAAUUCACAGUCUGACAUGGCUUCUGAUACAGUAUAAAUAUGUACAUAACAUAAAUCAAUGGUCUGUAGAAUUAUUUUCUAAAUAUCUGAAUGGCACAAAAAUAAUUUUAGUACAUUAUUUAGAGCCCUAAAAUAAAAUCAUAUAUAUAUUUAAAUAUAUAUAUUUAAUGAAUUAUUUAUAUACUUAUUGGAAAAACCAGAGGGUAGUUUUUAUAGAAAAAUUUUAGAAAUUAAUAAAUGAUAAGAUGCACCAUUUUUUAUAUUAAAAGACUUGAAAUUGUAAAAUGCCAUCUAAUUCUAAGAUCUGCUGGUUCAGAACAAUCCCAAUUGAAACUUUAAAUUAUUCUUGUGGGAAAUUAUAGUGUUCUUAGACAUCUGGCACAUGUUCACAAAGGGUGAAGAAUAACUGAGGGGCUUGGGGGUUUUGCUCUGUUUUU